AUGGAGUCAUUUGUGGGAGCGCAAGCUAAAAAGAAUGUGGAAUUUGAGGAUGGAUUCAAGCAAUCCAAUACUCAUUUGACGAUGAUUGAGACCCAACUUGCCCAACUUGCUAACACCAUAAAAGAAAAUCAAGUGCACACAAGUCUCCCACCCCAAGGUCAAACCCCACCAAAGGAAAUGUAUUCCAUAGUAACUAGGAGUGGGAAGACUAUAGGUGAUGGUGUUAAGUCGAGUGAUGUCUUCGAACCUAUGGGGAAAGAAUCACCAUGGGUUGUUGAGUCUAAGGAUGAUGAUAUUGUAGAAGAUGAGUCUUCCGUUGAUGACAUGAAUGAUGCUUUGGAGCCAACGAAGGCUACUCUUCUACCUCUACCCACUCCUAAGCUCCCAUUCCCUCAAAGGUUUGCAAGACACAAGUUGGACCUUCAAAUUUCAAAAUUUCUUGAUGUGCUUAGCAAGAUGUAUGUCUCAUUGUCCUUAACCGAGGCACUCAAACAAAUGCCCCGCUGUUCUAGUUUUAUGAGGGGCAUUCUUAGUGGCAAGAGAGAUUGUGAGAAAAAGGAGACCGUGCGUCUCACUGAGAGUUGUAGUUCUCAAAUCCAAAGCCCAUUUCCCCCAAAACUCAAAGAUCCCGGGAGUUUUUCAAUGCCUUGUAGAAUUCAAAAGCUCAAAUUUGAUAAUGCUCUUUGUGAUUUGGGGGCAAGUGUGAGCAUCAUGCCGUACAAGAUCUAUGAGAGGCUUAGUCUAGGUAAUCUCUCCCCUACUCCUAUUUCAUUGCAAUUAGACGAUCGUUUGGUUAUGUAUCCUUUGGGGAGAGUUGAGGAUGUUCCCCUCGUUAUAGGAAAGCUUACUUUUCUUGUCUAUUUCGUAGUCUUGGACAUCGAUGAGGAUGUCCAUACCCCUAUUAUUUUAGGGAGGCCAUUCUUGACCACCGCGGGGGCCCUUAUUGAUGUUCAAGGCGGGGUUAUCACCUUGAAAGGGGGGGACACCAAGGCUAGUUUUAAGCUUCCUCAAGGUGAAGGAUGUUUUUCAAAGAUGUUUAGUUGCAUGAAAGUCGAUAACGUUGCUUGCAUUUUUUCUAACCCUUCUAACGACUUUUGUGUUUCUAAGUGUGGUAUUGAGCUUCCUAGGUCCUAUCCCAAUGACAAAAAAGUCCAUGUGCUCCCACGGGUGUCGGGAGAUACAUUUGAUGAUUUCAUCACCAUUCCCGAGAGAUGCAUAUGGAUGAUGAUGUUAAAACUACUACCUCCAAAGUAA